AACAUCAAAUCUGACAUUUCUUUAAUCGAGCACUUCGCUCAGCGAAAAUAUUAAAGCAAUUUUGUUGCGUAUUUCUGCUGUGAUACAAAAUGACUUCGGUCACGCGGGCUGGGCAUUUGGCUCCUUACUUUAAGGCAAGUUCAUCGGUGGUUUCCAAUGGCUUGAAGCCUCUGGUUGUCGCGCAUACACCAGCUGAAAAGGUGUUGGUGCACCCCUUGCCAAAAACCUCGACUGUGGAGUCACUGCAUGGAUCCCUGCCUAUCCAGGGCUUGAAGGCCAGAGUAAACGGUCGCGGGCCAAGCCAUGUACGUUUCGCGCAUACCGACAUCAGCUACCCCGACUUCUCGGCGUACCGUCGCAAGGAGACGCAGGAUCCCACCGCGAGGGCUACCGACAACGUCGAUGGACGUCAGUCCUUCACUUAUCUUAUCGCUGGAGCCGGUGGUGUGGCCGGUGCGUACGCCGCCAAGUCCUUGGUGACGCACUUCGUGUCGUCCAUGGCAGCCGCAGCCGACGUCUUGGCCUUGGCCAAGAUUGAGAUCAAGCUGUCUGAAAUCCCGGAGGGCAAGUCUGUCACCUUCAAGUGGCGUGGUAAGCCACUGUUCAUUCGUCACAGAACCGCAAACGAGAUUAGCACCGAGCAGUCGGUGCCCGUGGAAACUCUUCGCGACCCGCAGCACGACAACCAGCGCACACAGAACCCCAAGUGGCUCGUGGUCAUCGGCGUGUGCACCCACUUGGGCUGCGUGCCCGUCGCCAACGCCGGCGACUUCGGCGGAUACUACUGCCCCUGCCACGGGUCCCACUACGACGCCUCCGGUCGCAUCCGCAAGGGCCCCGCCCCCCUCAACCUCGAAGUACCCCCCUACAGCUUCGUCGAAGAGGGCCUCCUAGUUGUAGGCUAAACGACGUUAUUUAUUAGACAUAUUAUUUAUAUAAGUAUACCGAUUCAGAAUCAAUAGGCGUCAUCUAAUCUUACAAUCAAUAAAUGUGAUUGCUGUUA